GCCGGGGCGGACGUAAACUUGGAGGGAUACAAAGCUUUCGGUCAUCGCGGUUAUGUUAGUAGGGAUUUCAUGAUAGCAGAAAGAGGGAACGUUUUGUGAGUUCGGUGUUGUGUCAUUUGAAGAAUUCAAAUAAUGGAUUAAAUCUCGUCAUCACGUGUAAAUGAUCUUGACCAUCUUGUCGAUUGUGUGCUGCAGUAAACGCAACGGACGAAGUCGAUUGUUAAGUUUGAAUAGAGAAAAUGGAUACUAGCAACAUUUCUGACGAAGAUACACAGAGAUUACUGGAGCGAACCAGACAGAGACGAGAGAUGUUAAAUCAGAAGCUAGGGAAAACUCCGGAACCUAUGCCUAGGAAACGUAUACUUGAGGAUAGCACCUCGGAAAAUGUUGUGUUAAAGAGUAAAGAUGAAGAAUCUCCCGGAAAGAGACAGUGUCUGAGGGAGGAAGCUAUGCAAAUCAAAGCAGAUACACCAGCCAUAAGUAGUGUCAAGUCUCGUAUGCAGCAGAUUGCCAAGUCCAGGAAGGAACAAGGUGAAACAUCUACUGUACCAGUAACACAGAAUCAUGGGUCGCCAGUCAAGGAGAAUGGUGGGAAUCAAUCGAGGAGAGGCAGAUUGGCAAAACUGGCCGCCAACAUUAAUAAUUGGGAGGAUGAUCUUAGUCACCCGACCAUCCACAAACAAGAGGAGAAAAAGCCCAAGUGGCAACCCCCUAAGAUUGACUCUGGAUCUGACAGUGCUGGAUCUCCGUCCCGGUCACCUGUGAAAGCCCACAACCCCAGUAAGGCAGCAGCGCCCCCACCGCCACCCCUUCCUCCAGUCAUCAGCUCACCAGCUAUUUCCUCACCCAAGCGAAUGCCAGCUUCCUCUUCUUCACCUGCCAGACAUGUGAGUCAACAUUCUGUUCAGCUGAAUUCGCCAGCAAAGGGCUCCCAACCCAAGCACAAGAUUCGCCAGUUAGUUGACCAGGUUCCUGUCAACACUCAAGCUUCAGAUGAGUCACAAGAGAGUGAAGAGGAUCCAACUGAAAAACCAAUCAGAGAGCGACUGAAUUCUUGGAAAAAAGCAGAUACACCAAAAGAGAAACCAAUGGAUCCCUCUGAGAAGCCCAUGUCUUCCAAACUGGCAACCUGGGAAAAAGUGUCCAGCACCCCAACCAAAACAGCAGUAACUAAGAAAGUCCAUCUUCCCUCACGUCAGGUGGCUACUGCAGUUACAGACAAACCACCUCUGCCUAGACCUGUAUCUGUCUCAAAAGAGACAGACAGCAUAGAACAGGGCGAUGACCCAGCAUCCAAGCCUGUGUCAUCUAGGAUGGCAUCUUGGCAGCAAAGAGUUGAUGAACAGACCCCCCAGAAAGAGGAAGAACCUACCGCCUACUCUGUUGGAGCUAGGAUGUCAGCGUGGGAAGACAUGUCCUCCAGUAACCAGGUUGCACACAUUAAAAAGGUUGAUCCUGGGGCCUCUUCUCCAACCAAAUCUCCUUUGAAAACACCUGCACCUGUUAAUAAAACACCCAAUGUGAAAAACAAAAAUCUAACACCUCAUAAAAGCUUUAAAGACAGUAUUGUAGAGAAGGCAGGGCAGCUAAAGAGCUCUCCUGUCAAGUGCACACCUGUAAAAUCUACCCCGGUGAAAUUACAGCCAGGAGCGUCUCCAGGAAAGGUAGGAAGUGCUACCAAAAUGAUGCAGCAGCGAUUGUUGGAGCAGACCCAGCACAGCAAGACUGAUGACAUUGCUGACAAGCUGAGGAGGGAUAGGAUGAAUGAGUUGGCAUCCCUGCAGAACAGGUGGCAGAACGGCAUACUGAAGGAGGAUAUGAGGCCCACACAACAGCCUGACCAGAACAAGCCUGUGGCUUAUGAGACUAAGUUGUCCGAGUCAGAGGAAGAGUGUGUGAAGAGGGAGGACAGACGUGAGACAAUAAAGGCUCGAGCCAGGGCAGAUUUUGAAAGAAAACUUGCUGCAAUGGGAUUUGAUAUUUUAGAUGAAACUGCUUCCUACACCUUCACAAACCAAGAUCGACCUAAGUCUGAAAGUCAGCCCCCAGCGCGACCGCCUGCUCCAAAAACAGGAUCACAGCAAGGUCAAGGCAGUAUUUACAGACUGAUUUCACAGAAAAAAGGCAACAAUGAGAAACCAAAUGUGAACCGUAGUGAGUCUACGAAACGGGUACAGUUUGAAGAAGGUGAUAGUUUUGACAGUACAGAUGGGGAAGAUUUGGUUCCCCAGAAACAUCAGCAGCCUCCUGUCCUGUCAACAGAAGAGGAAACAGAUGAUAUGGAUUACACCGACACACAGUCUGAGGGUACCACAACCCAGGAUGAAGAGGAAUAUGCUCCACGAAUGGAAGAUGAAUCAGACUGUGAUGAUGUAAGUUUGAGUGCAUUUGUACCUGCAUCUGUCCGCAGGCAGAGUGUAUUACCUCAUCGACCGAAUGAACAGGAGCGGAGAGGCCAACAGCAAAGGGUCCGUGAACCUGUUGCAUCAGUACCAGCCAGUGUGCGUCACCAAAGUACAACAAAUUUACGAAGUCUUGCUCAGGAGGACAGCUCGAGCAGUUUGGAUAGUGAGAGUUCUGCCUCGAGUAGUCAGAGUUCCCUGGGUCAGCCACCUCGACGACACCAAGGCUACACAGAUUAUGACUCUGAUGAGGAAGACGAACAGGGAGUGAGUGACCUCCUGGAUGAGGCAAUCGGUGCUGAGGAUGACACUGACGAUGAAGUGGUGUAUAGACACAAACAACCAGUGGCUGCCCCUCGCCACCACAGACAUCAGAGCUAUGCCAUUGCCAAUGAUAGCCAGCCAGUCUACAGUGUCAGCAGCUACAGGAACUCCCAGAACAUGGAUCUGAGUUCUGGUGCCCAAAAAAGGAUUGUGAGAAACAGGACAUACUCAGCUGAUGUGGUGGAGGAGAAUAUAGAGAUGCCGACCAGCCUGCCCAGAGAUAUGGAACGUAAAUCUAUCAAGGAAAGGAUUCAGGAGUUACAUGAGUUGGUGAGUCAGGAACAGAGUGUGAUAAUGCAGACGAGUAAUGCCCUGAACCAGUGCUGUGCUGCUAACUCUCACUUCGCAGGCUCAGCCGAGCAGGUGGAAUGUCACAGACUGCUUCUUCUCUCAUGUCAGAAAAGGCAAGCGUACCUGACUGAGGUACAGAGACUGAAGGAUACAGGGCAGUUGGACCCUCCUGGCAGUGGACCGAAAGGUUCACUUACCAUCAGUGACAUCAGACUGCCUCUUAAAAAGGACUUUGUUACUAGGAUAGGUACCGCACAAGAUAACACUGUACACUACUUCCUGAUACUGAUACGGAACCACACACAGGUGAUCGUUACCCAGAUGUUGUCCACACACGACCCCAUGAUGAGGGGUAGUCUCGACUUUCCCAAUCUAAUUAAGAUACAUGGCAUAUCAGGCAGCUUCAAGCUCUGUAUGGAAAUCUAUAGCAUGUCUGUUUCAAAAGAAUAUUCAACAAAAGACAAGAAGAAGAAAACGCCAAAGAAACCGCUAAAAUCAACCUCCCUUACAGGCCCAAGUCCUGGGGGUCCAACCGCAGUUAGAACAACCAGUUUUACCCUGAUCACUUCAUUGCCCAUUACCAUGAAGCACCUGGACAAGAGCAGCUUCACACUGGAAAGGAUACCCUACUUAUCACCGCUGCACGGCACCAUCUACAUGAGGCUCAAGUGCUUGAUGGAACAGAAUGUGGAAGAACGUGGAUUCCUGACAAUGUUUGAGGAUGUCAGUGGUCUAGGGGCAUGGCAUAGGAGAUGGUGUGUCCUCACUGGCAAUAAACUCUGUUGGUGGAAGUACCCCAACGAUGAGACACGCAAGGAGCCGAUGGGAAUGAUGGACCUGAAGCGAUGUAUAACCGAGAAGGUUGGUCUGAUUCCGCGGGAUAUCUGUGCCAGGCCAAACACCUUUGAGCUGGUCACUGUACGACAGCCACGAAGAGGAGAGCCUGACACCUUGGUCUCUAAGACUUACAACACAAUGACAACAACACGGCACAGACUUUCUGCUGACACUAAAGAGGAGAGGAUUAUGUGGUGUAACAAAGUCAACAGAGCACUGGCCAACAUACGUACCUGGCACGCUGAUGCCAUGCGACCUGUCAAAGCUGCCAGGAUAAACUGAUCCAUUUCUUCAUCCGCAAGAUUUUACACAUGUCUUUCAUCAUUCAUCUUUCAUGUUACAAACAUAGUGAUUGGUUUUCAUGUUUACUUUGUCAUUGUGCUCCAGUGCUACACAUGUCAAUUUUUAACCGUGUUUUUUAGUCUUAGUUAAAUAACCUAUCAUGAUAUUAUAGAGUUAAUUAUUACCGGUAUAAUGAUUAAUGUUCUACUACUCGGCUUAUUGAAGACAUAACCCUACUAGUUAUAGAGGCUUGAUCAUGUAUUAUAUGUUUUUGAAGUAUAUAAGAAUGCUGCAUAUCAGAAUUUCACUCACCCAGACUUUGUUAUCUGUAUUACAAUUCCUGCUGGUUUUGUAACAUAAGACAGUUAUGUGUUACUUAAUACAGUAUUUACUGUAUACAUCUACUCAUUCUGAUGUCAGAAUGUAGUCGUAAUUAUCAUAUCAACUGAAGACACUUCAGGUGACAAUUUAGAGAAGGUGCCAUGUACAUAGUAGUCCUAUUUGAUCUGUGAUUAUGCAUAUAGUUAGUGUAAUAUCUCGUUUAACUAAUUACCCAUAUUGUGUUCCAUGUCACUGCUGUACUCUGUCCUUUCCUCCCCAAUCUCUCCUUUCUUUCUAAUUCUGUCGUUACAUUUAUCCAGUAUAGUCCUCAGAAAACAGGUACAGGAAGCUUUGAACUGACUUUAGUAUUGUACUUGUUAUAUAUUUUAAAGAAACAUUUUAACUUGUCUUUCUGAUCUUUCCUUUUGUCAGUCAUUACAGCUGUGGUGUGUUUGUAUCGGUGUUUGUAGCAUUGUUUAAUGUUGAUAUAUAGUGUAACAUCAACAACAGAUUAGGGUUAUUUUGAAACUCAUUAUAAUGAUCUGGUAGAAAGUCCAUCACAAAAUGUAUGAUGUGAAUGAAAGUCCAGACAUAAUAAUUUAACUUGUGUAACAUUAUUUUUAUAUAUAUUGAUAAGUAAAGUUGCCUCACACUUUUCAUAUUUAAUUUGUUUUAGAACAACUCUUGGUAUAGGACCUGUGUGCGAUUUGAUAUAUUACAGUUGUAUGAUUAGAUUCAACAUGUUAUAGCAUUCUUAGGUUGAUUAUAGGACAUUUAUCUUGAAAAACAUUAGCAUAAAAAAGUCUCCUGACUUUUGACAGGUUAAAUUGAAAAUAAAUGAAAUGCAUUAAAAGUUAUCAAAAGCAUGGAAUCUAGUAUUCACAUUGUGUAACCUUCAAGCAAAUUAUUUAAAGGAUAAUUUCUUAUGUUAUCUAUGAAAUUUUGACAAUGUAGAUAAAGUAUAUAUAUUGUUUACAAAGUACUCAAAAAACUCAACUGUACAAUGAUGUGUCGGAUUUACAAAUUAUCUUCAUUCAGGUUUUGCAAUGCUCCGUUUUUCAGGGAAUUUAUAUCCAAAAGGACGCCAGAAUUAAUUAUAGAAAAUCUGCAUGUGGUAGAUAAAUAUUUGAAUCCUUUCCAUUGUUCUACAUUGGAAUAACCCUGAGCAAUGUUAAUAUGAACACCAUUGAACCUUUAUGUUGAAUUUGCUCAUAAGUAUGUUACCUUAUGGUUUAAGAAAGUCUUUGAAAACGAAAAUAAUCUAUACCUGAAUAACUUUCCUUGCAACCAAUUUGAACAGUUGUGGUUUGACAGUAUGUACUGCAGCUAAUAUAUAAUCUUGUGUAUCGCUCAAAAGACACAUACUCUGCCUAUACUUCUAGAGAAAAACUGAAGGAUACAUGCUUGGCAUUAGACAUUAAAGUUGACCAAUACUUAAACGAGACUCUAGCCACUAACUGCAGGAUAGUUACGUGAUUUUAUAUGAGUCUGAAGAGCAUGUCAAAGAUUUUUUUUAUAGAAUUGUAAUUUAUUGAUAUAAGAAAGAUUGAUGAGUAAGUAGCUCAUAUGUCACAAGAUUUUUAAUAAAUGUUUUAACAGACAAAA